AUGCUUCCAGGGGUCGGUGUGUUCGGCACCAGCCUGACCGCCAGGGUGAUCAUCCCGCUGUUGAAGAACGAGGGCUUCGCCGUGAAAGCGCUGUGGGGCCGGACCCAGGAGGAGGCGGAGGAGCUGGCCAAGGAGAUGAACGUGCCGUUUUACACCAACCGGAUCGACGACGUGCUGCUGCACCAGGAUGUGGACCUGGUCUGCAUCAACCUGCCUCCACCUCUCACCAGGCAGAUCGCAGUCAAAACACUGGGUAUUGGAAAGAACGUCAUCUGUGACCGGACAGCAACGCCUCUGGAUGCCUUCCGAAUGAUGUCAGCGGCCCAGUACUACCCCAAGUUGCUGAGCAUUAUGGGAAAUGUGUUACGUUUUCUGCCCGCUUUCGUUCGAAUGAAGGAGCUGUUAGAAGAGGGGUACAUCGGAGAGCUUCUGGUCUGUGAGGCCCAGGUCCACAGUGGCAGUCUCCUAGGAAAGAAAUACAACUGGAGCUGCGAUGACCUGAUGGGAGGCGGAGGUCUGCAUUCCGUGGGUAGUUACAUAAUUGACUUGCUAGGGUUUCUGACCGGUCAGCGCGCAGCAAAAGUCCACGGCUUCCUCAAGACCUUCGUCAAACAGACGGACCACAUCCGGGGCAUCCGUCAGAUUACCAGCGACGACUUCUGCACGUUCCAGAUGGCGCUGGAGGGCGGCGCCUGCUGCACCGUCACGCUGAACUUCAACGUUCCCGGAGAAUUCCGGCAGGAGGUUAUCGUCGUAGGUACGGUGGGAAGGCUUACGGUCACCGGGACAGACCUGUACGGACAGAAGAACAGCAGCGGAGGAAACGGUGGGGGUCCUGAACUCCUGCUCAAAGACAAUACACCUGUUGAGAAUUCUUCCUUACCGGAGAAGGCCUUCAUUGACAUUCCGUCCCCGUAUCUCAUUGGAACAAUCCGCAUGAUCCAGGCCGUGCGGGAGGCCUUUCAGGACCAGGACGACAGGCGGACGUGGGACGGGAGGCCUCUGACAAUGGCUGCUACAUUUGAGGAUUGUCUUUAUGCUCUUUGCGUGGUUGAUACCAUCAAGAAAUCCAACCAGAGUGGAGAGUGGCAGAACAUUGUGGUGAUGAAGGAGGAGCCAGAAAUCAGCCCGGCCUAUCUGAUCAGCGAGGCCAUGCGUCGGAGUAGGAUGUCCCUCUACUGUUAGCAUCCGGCUGAUUGGCUGACGAUGGCCUGUGUUUAACUUAACUGGAGGUGGCAGCUCAAAGGCUUAGUGUUGUUUUGGAACUUUAUUUAUUAAUCUUCUGGGUACAGUUAUUAAAAUCAUCACUCUCUUUUUAAAACCGUCCAAUGUGUAUUGCUACUGUUACAAACAGAGAGGUAUGAUACAGAGAACUAUGGUUUCCUGAAACCCUGCCUCAGCAGUAGAAGAAAAGCAAUGUGAUCAAUAAUUAAACUUUUAUUUAUAAGGAAGCCUUUCCUGUUUUCCUUUUGACAGAAGUCUUGAGUCGUUAAUGGGAGAUACACUCGUAAAUCAAACUGAUUCAUACAACAAUAAGAUAUACUUUGGAGGCAGACCAGGCAGUGAAACUAAUGCUACUGUAUCCUGUUUGACCAUAAGGGUAUUGCGCCUUUCUUCCCUGCUUCUCUUCUUUAUGACUGGGUCUGGAAGACAACACCUUACACUGUGGGUCCAAAAUAUGGACAGCCAAGGAAGAAUGAUAGUCCCUUAGCUUAAAACUGUGCUGCUGUAUUGUCGCUGUAGUCUCUAGUACUUGCUAGUUUUACCAAGUGAAUGUUUUAAAAAAUAAUCAGUGUGCUUGAUAGCUUCGGACUGCUCUGUAUGCUUCCUCUUUGCGUGUGGAACAAGAGAGAAAAUAAAUCAAUAGUUUGGCUGCUGGGUUUUUCGACGGGGUCUACCUUCUGGUUAAUGUAUGCAAUUUUUCCAGGCUGUAGUCUGUGGUAGAAAUACUUAAACUUCCACCUGGAGCAAAGGGUUAAUGGUUGGCCUUUAUGCAGUUAUAGUAGCCUGUGCAUACAAGUCUUGUAUGAGUGGCCAGUGCAGUUCUUAUUUUCUUAUUUAUUUAAUGCAAUUUCUGUCGUAAUUAAGCAUGGCCAGGAAAUACACUGAGCUUGUGUUGUGUGUGCAUAUGUCUACCGAGCCUUAAUAAAAAAUCUAUCUUGCACUAGGUUGCGAGUAAAUGCUGAGCAAUAUGGGUGGUUUAUCCCAAUGUUGUAAUGCAAAGGCUCACUUGCAUUUAGCUACCACGCCUCAUAAAGCUUCUCUGACACGCACAGUGAGAUGCAGGUUUGUCAGUUUGCAUCAUGCAUCAGUAUGCAAGUUCAGUUUGGACCGAAACAUAGCAUUUCUUUAAGCAGUAGUGUUGAGCGCAAAGGCUGGUGUUAUUCUCUGUUCCCAUGUCUGUAGCACUGAUUGAUGUAAACAGAUGACUAUGUUCCUUGUGAAAGGUGUCACUCAUAGUAAUGAUCCACAGAUUAUUAUUUCCUUACUCUUCAGUUCCCAUCAACUCCACAUAGCACAUCAUUAUUUUCAUUAUUUUGUUUUUUUGGCCCACAAAUGCUGUUCUGGUUCAUUCUCAAUGCUCUCGUAAAACGUGUUUUCAGCCAUGGCCGACGGCUGUUUUCAUCACCAAUAGGCCCGAUACACCCAUGGUACUCUUCUUUUAAGAAAUUGACACCUAAAAUUAGCCAUAAUCAGGAAAAACUCAGCUAAAUGAGAAUGAUUUUGGGCUUUCUUAAAAAUUAAAUAAUAGCUCAGCAUUUUUUGCUCAAGUUAGCCAAACAUGAGGGAAUAGAGCAUUUGUUUGGGACUAGUUUUAGCUUUUGAACAAAGAAAAUGUGGUGAUGUAGUAAGAAACCAAUACAUGAUUGCAGCCAGUCUUCACAACUUUGGUGGAUUCAAUUAGUGGACUAAUUAAACUAGAGCAAGAGUGAGAACAAUUAUCAACAGUCAUUCAAUAUAAAGGGAUUCUAAAACCCACCAUCGGAAAGUAUUUGCAAAUCUCGCUUGACUUAAGGUUUGGUAUCACUCAAUACAGGUGAGAGAACAGCACAGACCUACAGUACAAGCCAAAAGAUUGAUUUUUUUUUUAAUGCAUUCUCUGUUCCCGUGUGGUUUUCCAAACUCUGCUGAAAUACUAUCUAUGUAACGACUACUGAAAAUGUACAUAUGCAACAAUAUGUGUUUGUCUAAAGAAAUAAACAAGUACUGUAUGUAUUUUAUUUGUGAAAACCAAGGAAAUGGAACAUGUUUCGAUGAGUGUUAAGCUAUUUAUUAUUUGCUUGUGUAACAGCAGAACGAGGCCUUAUAUCAUUCAGCUUCUUAUUAAUUAUUGACCAAAAUGAUUUUCUUUUAACUUUGUUGUAAAAAGUGUGUUUGCUUUUUAGCUGCGUCAUAAAUCAUAUACUGUCACAGUAAUAUAGUCUCUAACAGUAAUGUUUGACCCUUGUUUUUGUUUAGCGUGUGUUAACACUCACUAAAGUUACACACUUAAGGUCCAACACUGAUAAGCUAUCACCCUGUAAGAUAACUCGAGUUAGAUUAUUGCGUAGUAAGCAUUUUAUCAAAUCUGCAUAUAGACUUUCCCCCUUUGCCUGAUUACAGUUUUCAUAAUAUUAAUGAUUUGAACCUACGCACUGGAAUUCCCUCUUUUUAUUGAAUCAUUACUUUUUGUCCACUGUUCAGGCACUAUGCACACACUGUAUAGGAAAAAAAGGAAUAAUAAUUGGUCCAAUCUUUUUACAUUUAUUCCAAACAAGGUUGUUUUCUUUCCCUCUUCAGGCCUGUAAACAUACUUUGUUUCUGUGUGAUUUGAUGUAAUAGCCUCUUAUGAUGUCUGAAUAUAAUUUGAAUUUAAAUUAUUUUCACUGUUGAACUGAUGUAUGUAUAGGGAAUCUCAGGUGAGGGGCCCAAUUUCACAAAAAGACAAGUCCGUUCCCUGAAUCCCCCUUUACCCCUAUGUUUGGUUUAGUCCAGUGUGGAUCAUACCAUUUUCAGGGUUACACAAAACAACAGAAGGUUCAUUGUUUGUGUCUGGCAGCUUCACCACUACCAUGCUUUUUAUAAUUAGUUACUUUAUUUUCCCAGUGCAUAACAGUAGAACAAAAACUCUGCUCUUUUCGUAAACUGUUGGAAAUAAUAGGAAUUUACAGACUUGUAAAAUAAAAUGUUAACUUGGUCUUGUCUUUGAAAACUAAAUAGAAAAAUAGCCAUGACACAAGUCACUGUUCAGAAUACUUAAUUCUGCUAUCAUUUUAGAGAGAAAUGUUGUGUCAAAUUGUGCAGGGUUAAUGCAGAGAAGUGUGUUUGAUGCUCAGAAAUUGUUUUCCAGUGUUAAAGCUGUUUUUGCUUACUAAGCUGUAGACAUUUUAAGGACUCUGAAUUCAGCUUUUAUUACAUUAAAUAUCUAAUAUAUUU